AUGUCGGCGGCCAUCUCUGCCGCGGAGAAAGUGGAUGGCUUCACACGGAAAUCGGUGCGCAAGGCUCAGAGGCAGAAGCGCUCGCAGGGCUCUUCGCAGUUCCGCAGCCAGAGCAGCCAGGUGGAGCUCUCGCCGCUGCCCCAGCUCAAAGAUGCCACCUUCAAUGAACAGCAAGAUCUUUUUUGUCAGAAGUUGCAACAGUGUUGUGUCCUCUUUGACUUCAUGGACUCUGUUUCAGACCUGAAAAGCAAAGAAAUAAAGAGAGCAACACUGAAUGAACUGGUUGAAUAUGUUUCAACGAAUCGUGGAGUGAUUGUUGAAUCAGCUUAUGCUGACAUAGUGAAAAUGAUUAGUUCUAAUAUUUUCAGAACACUUCCACCUAGUGAUAAUCCAGAUUUUGAUCCAGAAGAAGACGAACCAACUCUUGAAGCCUCAUGGCCCCACAUACAGUUGGUGUAUGAAUUCUUCCUGAGGUUUUUGGAGAGCCCGGAUUUUCAGCCCAGCAUUGCAAAGCGGUAUAUUGACCAGAAGUUUGUACAGCAGUUGUUGGAGCUCUUUGAUAGUGAAGACCCACGAGAACGUGAUUUCCUAAAGACAGUUCUUCAUAGAAUCUAUGGGAAGUUCCUUGGUUUAAGAGCAUUCAUCAGGAAGCAGAUCAACAACAUUUUCCUCAGGUUUAUCUAUGAAACAGAGCACUUCAAUGGUGUUGCUGAACUUCUUGAGAUACUAGGAAGUAUUAUCAAUGGCUUUGCACUGCCACUGAAAGCAGAACACAAACAGUUCCUUAUGAAAGUUCUGAUUCCCAUGCAUACUGCAAAGGGAUUAGCUUUGUUUCAUGCACAGCUCGCCUAUUGUGUUGUACAGUUCCUGGAAAAAGAUACAACUUUAACAGAGCCUGUAAUCAGAGGACUGCUCAAAUUUUGGCCAAAAACGUGCAGUCAGAAAGAGGUCAUGUUUUUAGGUGAAAUUGAAGAAAUCUUAGAUGUAAUAGAACCGACACAGUUCAAAAAAAUAGAAGAGCCUUUAUUUAAGCAAAUAUCCAAGUGUGUGUCAAGUUCCCAUUUUCAGGUUGCUGAAAGAGCUUUGUACUUCUGGAAUAAUGAAUAUAUCCUUAGCCUGAUCGAGGAGAACAUUGAUAAAAUUCUACCCAUUAUGUUUGGCAGUUUGUACAAGAUUUCCAAAGAACACUGGAAUCCAACCAUUGUGGCACUGGUGUACAACGUGCUGAAAACCCUGAUGGAAAUGAAUGGCAAGCUUUUCGAUGAACUUACAAGCUCAUACAAGGCAGAAAGACAAAGAGAGAAAAAGAAAGAGUUGGAACGUGAAGAGCUGUGGAGAAAGCUGGAGGAGUUAAAGCUGAAGAAGGCGAUGGCAGAGAAGCAGAACAGCACCCACACCGUGCUCAACGCACACAGCACAAGUGCCAAGUAACAGCCGAGCGCCCCUGCUCGGCAGACACACACUUUUUGUACCCUUUUGAAAUACGUAAGGAUUUGCAAGAGGAACCUCAUCAGAGUAACAGCA